AUGGCGGGUAAGAAGCGAGCGGGCGCGCGCGCGGCGCCGCCAACCUCCAGCGCGAAAGUACGGAAAGAGGGAGAAGACAUCGAAAUCGAGGUGGAAGAAGAAAACCCCUGGCUGGCAUCGGCCCGCACAGGCAACGAAGCUGAAGAGGAGGAGGCAGGAGACGGAGGAGAGGAGGAAGAUGACGAAGGGAGCGACGACGAUGAAGAGGAUGGCGAGGAGGAAGAACAGGAGGAAGACGACGAGGAGGAAGAUGACGAAGGGAGCGACGACGAUGAAGAGGAUGGCGAGGAGGAAGAACAGGAGGAAGACGACGAGGAGGAAGAUGACGAAGAGGAAGACGAGGAAGGAGAGGAGUCGGUUGAUGAAAAAAAGCAGAGCGCAGAUGUGCGUAGGGAGGUACCAGGGGUUCGAAAGAGCGCGAAAUCGAGUGAUAAGGAAGCUUCUGACGCGCUUUCCAUCUGUCAGCUCAUGAAAGAUCUCACAUCAGAUAAGUGGGAUUCUUUUAAGCAAGAAGAAAGCGAGGAAGAAGAAGAGGGGGGGGAAGAAGAAGAAGGCGAAGAAGAAGAUGAUUCCGAAGAUCACUCUGAGUCGGAAGACGAGAAGCCUGAGGAGGCGUCCGACAAGCUGCUCAAGUCCCUGCAGCGCUUGCAGCAGACAGAGGAAGGAGAAGAAAUUGAUCCAUUUGAGGGCGUCUCCGAGCACGCGCUUUCGCUUUUGAAAACUGGAAAAGCUCGUGCUGCGCCACCGGCGCAAGCCUCGGGUGACGAAGGCCGCGAGGCAGACGACGCGCAACUCAACGAUGACAGCGCAGACCUUUCCUUCUCCUCGCUGCUGAACUCGCUGUCGGGGGCGAGCCACAGCGGCCUGCGGAAGCAGCUCGAGUCUCUCGCGCGGCCGCGGAGCUCGGCGGCAGAGUCGGCGGUUGACCGGGACGUUGUGCAGGAGCCGCUGGGUCACUCUCAGCAGAAGCUUCUUUCGCGGACGCUGGCGUACGCCGAGGCGGCGAAGGCGGCGCGGAAGUGGACGCCGACUGUGCAGCGGAACCAGCAGGCCGUCCAGCUGCAGCUGGGCGAGGGGGCGGAGACGAAGGCGGAGGUCAAGUCUCUCUCUCACGCGAUCUCUGAGUUCAAGUCGCAGGACGACUUCGAAGACGCUCUCCUCGCGGCUGUCAACGCAGAAGGCCUUUCCAACGAAAGCCUCAAAGUCGCCGGCGGCCUCGGUCCCGCUGAGCCUAUCAAGCGACAGGCGGAGCAGCGCCAGGUGGCGCGGCUGAAGUUCCUUCUCUUCAGCGAGCAGCGGCGCGCGCGGCGCCUGAAGAAGAUCAAGAGCAAAGUGUCUCGCAAGAAGCGGAAGCAGGCGGAGCAGCGCGAGGAGGAGAAGAUCAUGGAGCGCCUGGAGGUCGAGAACCCUGUCCUCGCGGAGGAGUUGCGCAAGAAAUUCGAAGAAAAACGCGCAAAAAUCCGCAUGCUCAGACAGCAGAACGCGCGGACCAAAUGGGCCGCCGUCGCGGCGCGCUUCGGCGGCCGAGACAUUCAAAAAGAAAUCAGCAGACAGAAACAGCGGGAGGUGGACGAGAGACGAACCGUGGAGCGUCUGGCAAAGAGUCGCCCAGGAGCUUCAGCCGAGUCAGAGUCUGAGGCGUCAUCUUCGUCAGACGAGGACGAGGCGCGGGAGCUGUCUGCCGGCGAGAAGGCGCAGCUGCUGCGGCAGCUUGCGCGAGAGGAGAAGGAAAUCGAGGAGGCGCUGCCGGCGAAGGGGCUCCUGGCGCUGCCGUUCAUGCGCAGGGGCGUGGAGCAGCGACGCGAGCGGAAUCGGAAGGAAAUCUCGAGUGUGCGCAGAGCUGAGGCCGGCGAGGAGGCCUCAGACGACGGGGGCAGCGACGCAGAGGAGGGGGACAGAAACGCCCGCGACCGCGGCGAGGGCGACAGCGACUUGGAGAGCGCGGUGGACGAGCUCGACGAUCCUGCGGCGGCUGCGAGGGAGGGCGAGCGGCGCGCCGAAGAGGGCGAGCGACGUAGGAAGCAGGAGGAUCUCCUCGAGAACAAGAAGCGGCGCCUCGACGCCCCCGCAGUUGAGGAAGCGGAGAAACAACUCGAGAGUCAGUGGGACUUCUUCGAGCUUCAGGACGAGCCGGCGCGGAAGUCCGCGGCCGAGGACGCGAAGGUGGAGCCCAACGCGGAGCAGAAGCCUUUCGGCUCCUCGGCAGGUGCCCAGGCCUUCUUUGCCGCCGAGCUAAAGAAGGAGGAGUCGCGACGCGAAGCCGAAGAGACACUUAAGCGGCGGAAGGCGCACGAGCGCGCCUGGCGCGACCGCGAGGAGGCGCAGAGAGCCGAAGUCGCGGACGCGAAAAAGCGCGAACUCGAGCAAGAAAUGGAGGCUGCGAACCCCUGGCUGCAGCCCUACAAGAAAAAGAGAAAAACCGACAAGGAGGCCGCAGCAGCGCGUAAACAAGAAUCUACGCACCAACAGCUGGAGGCUCUCCUCGACGCCGACGGAAUCGGCAGGGCGCAGUCCUCAGAUGACGAGUCCGUGGAGAGCGGUGCAGAGGACGCGCGCGAGAUUCAGAGACGCCUUAUUCGACAGGCUUUCGUGUGCGACGACGAUGCGGAAGAAGAGUUCUUUCAGGACCAACAACGCGAAGAAGAAGAAGAAAACGGCGGCGGCGCGGCAGCUGUCAGCGACGCCCUGCCGGGGUGGGGCGUCUGGCACGGCGAAGGCGUGCGCGCGCGGAAGGCCCGCGGAAGACCUGGAGCCGCCGCCAAGAGUGUCGCGCCGGCCGAGGAGAAGAACAAGAAGAAGCGUCCGCUUGUCGUCAUCAACCAAACGCUGGACCGCAAAGCCGCGAAAUACUUCGUUCCAGAGCUGCCUCGCCCCUACACGGCGAAGGACCAAUACGACUCGACGCUGCAGCACCCGACCGGCCCCGAGUGGAACACGUCGGCUGUGUUCAACCGGCUCAUCGCGCCGAAGAUCAACGUCCGCGUCGGCGCAGUUUUGCCACCGCUGCAGAUGGCCAGGAAGCAUCUGGGGCCGGCGGAGAGAGACGCCUUGCUCGAGGCGUGGGACUCCAAGGCAAGCCGGAAGCAGAGAACGAAGGCGCGCUUGUAG